UGAGUCCAUAUUCUCCAUAUCAUGAGUUCAGUAAGAUGUUUUCAUCAUCAUUUCCCUAGAAUUAUGGUUGGCCAUUGGUUGAUCAGAGUUCUCAAGUCUUUCAAAGUUGUUUUUCUUUACAGUGUAGGUAUAUAAAUAAUUCUUCUGGUUCUGCUCCCUUCAUCCUGCACUAGUUUAUACAUGUGUUAUCAGGUUUCUCUGAAACAAUGUUUUAUCAUUUCAUAGAGCACAAUAGCCAUUACAUUCAUAUACCAUAAUUUGUUCAACCAUUUUCUAACUGAGGCACCCCUUUGGUUUCCAUGUCUUUUCUAGUAUAAAAAAGGCUGGAAACAGGUGGUACAGUGAAUAAAGUGCUGGACCUGGAGUCAGGAAGACUUGAAUUCAUGAAUUACCUAGUAGCCAUGUGAUUCUAAAUAAAUCACUGAAUAUCUGUUUGCCUUAGUUUCUUCAACUCUGUGUAAAGUGGGGUUAAUAACAGUACCUACUUCUUAGAGUUGUGAAGAUAAAACAAUAUUUGUAAAGCACUUUGCAAAUAUUGAAGGGCUAUAAUUGCUAGCCAUUAUUAUGUUCCCCUUUUUCUUUCAUCCCUUUGAAGAUAUAGAGCAUUGUACUAGUGGUAUCACUGUCUCAAAAGUCUUAAAGAGUUUAGUAUUGUUUUGGGCCUAGUUCCAAAUUGUUUUUUCAGAAUGACUAGACUAGUUUAUAGCUCUACAAACAUUGUAUUAAUAUGACUGAAUUUGCCAUUUUUCUUUUUGAUCAAUUUAUUGGAAAUAUAGUAGAACUUCAGAGUUGAUUAAAUUUACACUUGUUUAUUAGUGGUUUGAAACAUUUUUGUAUGUGGCUAUUGAUAGGAUUUAUUCCUUUGAAAAUCACCUAUUCAUAUCCUUUGACUAAGAAACACUGCCAUGAAUAGGCAGAUAAAGACAAGAGCCCCACUGAGAGUACAGUGCCACUGAGACCCUCAGUCUAGCCUAGAGCUCACAGCUAUUAUUCAGGGAAAUAGCUCUUGUGGAGGAGGGGCUAGCCAAACCCACCAACUGCCAACCAACUGUCCCUCAAAGGGCAGAAGAAGUGAAGCAGCAAGGUACCCUGAGAGAGAGACAGGAGGCAACAUGUGCCAGGAUGUGAGAGCUUCAUGGUGCACUGGUGGGGAAGCUGAGUUUGUAAACUACCCCAAUGGAUGCAGAUAGUGAUGUUGCAUUGGACAUUUUAAUUACAAACGUAGUCUGUGUUUUUAGAACCAGAUGCCAUUUGAACUUAAGGAAGAUUGCUUUAGAGGGAGCAAAUGUAAUUUACAAGCGUGAUGUUGGAAAAGUAUUAAUGAAGCUUAGAAAACCUAGAAUUACAGCUACAAUUUGGUCCUCAGGAAAAAUUAUUUGCACAGGAGCCACAAGUGAAGAAGAAGCUAAAUUUGGUGCCAGGCGAUUAGCCCGAAGUCUACAGAAACUUGGUUUUCAGGUAAUAUUUACAGAUUUUAAAGUCGUUAAUGUUUUGGCAGUAUGUAACAUGCCCUUUGAAAUCCGAUUGCCAGAAUUCACAAAGAAUAAUAGGCCUCAUGCCAGUUAUGAACCUGAACUUCAUCCUGCAGUAUGUUAUCGCAUAAAAGCUCUACGAGCUACAUUACAGAUUUUUUCAACAGGAAGUAUCACAGUAACAGGGCCAAAUGUAAAGGCUGUUGCUACUGCUGUGGAACAGAUUUACCCAUAUGUGUUUGAAAGCAGAAAAGAAAUUUUAUAAUUCACCACUUAAUUGGUUAGGUUCCCUAACUGAGCACCUUUUAAAACUGCUGCACAUUGGACUCAAGUCAAAAGGAAAACUGGACCAACAGUAACUGAGGAAAUAGACUCUUUUAUUUGUUCAUGGCCACAGUGUAAGCUCCAGUCCCUUUGGAUUUUAUUUUGAACAGUGCUGUAAUGUAAAAAGUUUACAAGACAUGAAAUUGCUGCUUUUACAAAAGGACAUUCUAUUUAUUUUCGCAGUAAUUCUCGUGUCAUAAGCAGAGCUGUCACAGUGUGCACUACCUUUAAGACAUAUUUUGGUUGGGUUUUUGGGUUUUUUUUGGUUGUUUUUCAGUUUGAGCUAAUGUGUUUUAUUUGUGAAUAGUCUUUUACAUUUUUGUAUGCUGAACAUGGGCACCAAAGAAGCUGUAAAAGUUAUCUUUUUUCAAUUGAUGAAUGUGUGCACAAAUAAAAGUUUGGAAAAGAUCUCUCUUCAUACCUAUUCUAUUAUUUUUCUUCCCCAUUUUCUAUUUUAACUGUAAUUGUAUUACUCAGAAUUCAUUUUUUUAAACUAUGCAAACUUAAGUCUUUUGCUGAAGUGUUUUUUGGCUUCCAUUUGAAGUGUAUUUUGUAUAUAUGCUACAUGUGUACAGUAUGUUCUUAAUGCUGUGUUACCAAAUGUCAGUUUUUCUUGCAAAUUAGAAAUAAAAAUGUAUAUAAACUAUAGGGAAUAAGAGUAGAACUUUAUAGAUGCAACAUAAUGUCUUACAUUGCUAACUUAAUAUGAUAGUGUUAAAUAUCUUUUGAGAGUUCAAAAAUUAGUUUAAUAAAGAAACUCUUUUUACCCACAGAUUGGAUGUGAAAAAGCCGCCCUUUUGGGCUGCAUCUCAGUUACCUUUAUUACUUUGAAAAAACUUCAGUUACAGCUGAAGGAAAGUGAUCGAGGUUCUCAAUGUAAGCCUGUCCUGUACAGGCUCCCGCUAUUCUUGACAGUUUGAUAAAGUUGUGCAUUUAUGACAAGAAGUGCCCCAGGCUGUGCCAUGCCUAAACUAUUGUAUAUUUUAGAAGGAAGCUCACUUUGGACUUGAAAGCCAUUUUGUGUGAGACAUGUCCUUUCUCUCUAGUUUUGUCUUAUUUAAUGGAGCUAAAAAAAUAGGGAAUUGUUUAGUACAGUAAAUGAAAAUGAUACUAAAUAACUUUAUGAGCCAGCAUCCUCUUUGGCUCGUUCCUGAGCAUCAGAAUGGUAAUUGUGCUACAGGAAUGCCCUAUGACUUGAAUUUAACACAGUUAACAAUGUUUUAAUACUGAAAAAUAAAACUGAGUUUCUGCAUAUCAGUGGAAACAAUAGAGAACAGAAGAUUCCAUUAAAAUCGGAAUGGAUCAAAAAUGAUGUGAGCUCCAUUAAGUAACUUUUCCUGUAUAUUAUAGAAUGCUCAAUUAGGAUGAAUUGUACAAUUUUGUACAAAUGUUAUAUGUUCUUUGUGCCCUUUUUUUCCCCUGUUCUUUCCCACUCUCCAUCUCGUUGCCCUAAAAGAAGUGAAAAGGCUAAUAAUUUCAAAAUAAAAUUCUUUCUUGUGGAGGUUUCUCUUGGGUAA